AUGGAAUCUUGGGGACCGAGUGAAAUCGAUAAGGAUAGUCAUCUAGUCGAAGCCGAUCUGAGUGGCGGUGUUGUGAAAAUCGAGGUAGGAGUAUCAAAGACUCCAUUCGAUGUCCACCUGGAGCUACUGUGUACCUGCUCGCCUUACUUUGAGAGCCUGUUUCAACACCGUUAUGACCUGGUUCUCGCAGACGAGGUUAUUUCUUUCCCAACAGAGGAUCCCCAAGUCUUUGCCCAACUCAUUCUUUGGAUGUACCGUGGUACCGGUUGUAUUAAGUUACUUGAGAGCAAGAAAUUGGAUUUUCUGACUCGGCUGUGGAUUUUGGCUGGCGAUUUUAAGAUGGCAGAGUUACAGAACUCUGUGAUGGUAGUCUGCAAGAGGAAGACCGAGACUUUGCCAAUGGGAUUUAUGGGCGUCGAUACAAUCAAUUACAUCUAUUCUAAUACCUUAGCUCAGUCCCCAAUGCGUCGCCUCGCAGUGGAUAUAUGGGUGCGAAGGUCCAGCACAGAGCGCUUUGAAAAAAGACAAGAGAACUUCCGCGAGAUUUCCUUGAAGAUCUCUGCAUCGAAUUCAUUAAGGGGAGGGAAUCGAUGA